UUCGUUCGGGCUAUAUUUUGUAUUAUUAUAUUGGUAUCUUAGUGGCCAUACAUUAAAUACGCUAUUGUUGCUACUCUGUAUAACCCCGCUGUUAGGAGAUACUGAAGAUAAAUCAUAUAUUUUAUCAACUGAUUCAGAAUUGUAUUGUUGUAUACACCGGAUUUUGAAACAAAUAAUCCUUAAACAUUAAGCCAGUUGCUUGAAUGACUGAUUUUGUGAGACAGAAAGGGUACGUGUCAGUGAAGUGCAGCGUUCUAGACAACCCGUUCUGCAACAAAGAUGGCGUGUGAGAGGCUGAUGAACUGCCGCUUCAAGAGACCCAGCGCCCUCUACCGGCUGAUCUGUCUUCCCUGGGCAGGUGGGGGGUCAAGUUUCUAUGCAGGUUGGGGCAAGCUGAUGUCAGAAAAUAUAGAAGUGGUUGGCGUGACCCUCCCAGGCAGGGAGUCCCGCUUUAAUGACAAGUGCUGUGAUGACAUGGAAGAAAUACUCACCGACAUUACAAAUACAAUAACAAGUCAAUACAUGGACAAGCCAUUUAUAUUGUGGGGACAUAGCAUGGGCAGUCUAUUGGCGUUUGAGCUAGCAUGUCGACUAAAGUCCCAGACUGGACAGGAACCAAAGAAGAUGUACCUCUCUGGAAUAUCAGCACCACAUUCUCCCAUGAGGAAAAAGGUAUACAUUGACCGUACCCAGACAGACCAACAGUUCAUCGUUGUGAUGAGUAGAUUAGGUGGAACACCCAAGGAAGUGCUUGAGAAUGAGGAAAUGAUGAAGAUCUUUCUACCUUGCAUACGAGCAGAUUAUACAAUGUUAGAUGGUUUCACAUUCACCAAAAGCGACGGGCUACCACCUUUAUCCUGUCCCAUUUCUUUCUUUGAUGGGGAGGACGAUUCUAAACACGACACAGAGGCUUGGAGAAGUUUGACCUCAGGACAAUUCUCGCUGACAAUGAUGCCUGGGGGCCAUUUUUAUCUCCGAGAACUAAACAAUAUGCGUGCCAUCAUCAGUCAUAUCAGCAGGGACUUUGCGUGAGGAAAUGGCAUGACAAGAGUUAUCUCCCUUACACCGUCCAGCCCGACCAUAUUUUAGAUGAGGAACCGACGCCAGUGUGCCAACAGAAUGAAGUUUCCUGUCACUCGAUCCCUAUAAAGUGUCAGAAUGAUUUAACUGCUAAGAGGGAGAUAAAAAUGUAUUCGUGACUAACUGGGAAAGAUACUAAACCCUAUUAAGCAUUUUAUGAGCAAACAACCUUUUUCUAUCUUUACUUCAAUCAAGAAACUGUGGCGCUAAUAAUUGUAGUAACACUAAAUAUAAUUCUCAAGUGAUCAAAUCAACAAUAACCGAAGUUAGUUCCAUGCAUAGUUACACAGUUACGACAUUCGGGGCGUAUCGUUGCCAUGGGAAUACCAGCGGGCCAACAUGCCCUGGCAGAUCACUGUUCAGCAUCAAACGCUGCAACAUCAUUCAUUUUAUCACUUCUUUAAUAAAGUUACUUUGAGGGACGGUUUAUUUAUUGGCUUGGCAUUUAGUGGCGUUAAUAUGACGUGAUGGCGAUAAGAUGUAAUGCCUUGAAAUGUGUGAUAUUGACACUAACGUCUUUUAUGACAACCGCAAGGUGUUUAUUUCAUUUCCAUGCAUAUUUCAAUAAUUGGUUUAGUUUGAAAUUGUUCAUGGGGUCUGUUUGGAUAGUUAUACGAGUUUACCGUAUUUCCUCUGUACAGAGCCAUCCUCCAUUACGGGGCGAGACUAGAGGUAAUGGCUCCCUGGAAAUAGGGAGUUACGACGAAGGAUCUCUCCCAGUUAAAUUCGAAUAAAGUUAACUUAAAGCUACAUAAAAAAAACCGUCGAGCACAUAUUUAUCAAUAAACGAGGAGGUUGGUUGGACUUUUUCGUAUUUUUUAUUGAGAAAAAAGGUGAUAAGGCAGGAAUAUGUUUUAUCCCAUCACGAAUACCAACUAAUGCAAUACCAGUUGUCAAGCAGAUAACAGGGUCUGCUCUAUGUGACACGACCCGCGGAGAUCCGGGUAGAAUAGGUCUACAGCAACCCAUGCUUGCCGUAAAAGGCGACUAUGCUUGUCGUAAAAGGCGACUAACGAGAUCGGGUGGUCAGGCUCGCUGACUUAGUUUAUACAUGUCAUCGGUCCCAAUUGCGUGGAUCGAUGCUCAUGAUAUUAAUUACUGGAUUGUCUGGUCCAGGCUCGAUUAAUUACAGACCGCCGUCAUAUGGCAGGAAUAUUGCUGAGUACGCGUUAAACAACAAACCAACCAAACAUGUGGCAAUAAAGAUCACGACUCGCAGGAUUUAUAGUGUCGCGCCGAUACCCGAGACACAUUUCCUUUGUUUAAGGCUCAUAUGCGGUAGUGCUGUGGUCAAAUCAUUCGCUCGUUACGCAGAAGGCCCUGGUAGAAGCCCUGCAAAGGGACGGUGUGCCCAUUUCAGGUGCUUCACCCGUGAUAUCACAGGAAGCUACAAGCGGCAAAAAAAACAAACUCAAUCCAAUUUAGGCAGGUCUAAAAUAAGUUAUGUAUAUAAGGUCAAGGGCUCUUAAUAGGGGAAAUUUGACAUUUGAUUAAAGUGUGGUUUGCCAUGCAUUCAGAUGAUGGCUAAUGUAUUUGCAACAAAUUUGAUCAGUUGAAAGGGAUUUUGAAUUAUUUACUAUAAUUGUUUUAUUAAGAUGUGCUAUGCAUUCUCAAGAGUCCAUUUUCUGUUUGAUAUACUUUGACUACUUGAUAUAAAUAUUUUCGCUGUGGACACUGUAUUACUGGGGAGAUGUAAUUAAUAAAUCUUAUAUAUCCUG